UGGUAACCCAUUUUCUUUUCUCUUUGUGAAGAGAGAAGAAGAUGAUCGAAAAAUCGUGAUAUGAUUUCCGUAAUCUGACAUAAUACCGGCUGUUAUUUUCCACAUAAUAAUUAGCACCUUCUUAUGUCAUACAACAUGGCAGACAGAGCUUUUUUAUAAUCCAAAUAAAUAUUAAAUCAUAGUCUAAUUAUGUAAAAUAAAUUAGCACCCCGCCCCCUCUCUUUAUCUAGUGAACACCCCGAAGUGGAAAAUAAAAUCCAGCAAUCAUCUAAGCAAAUAGAGAAGUGUGAAAGUUAAACGAAAGUUGAUGUGGUUAUUGACAAAAAGUUAAGUUGCAAAUGUUGUGAUCACGAUUUUCCAAAGACCGGGGAGGGGGAGCGAGUGCGUAAUAUGUGUUACGAAAAUACGCCUCUCCCCCUAUUUCUCUCUCCCAUAUUAGUAAUUAACACUUUCACUUUUGAUUAUCUGAGAGAGGGGGGAUGACAAAUUUCAUGGCUAAUCUUUUGAACACCUUUUCUUCAAUUUCAGAUGCUCAGUGGGGCUGGACUGCCAUAGCCAUUGCUUAUUUGAUCAAGAUCAAAGUUGUAAUUGUGGCCUUCUUUUUGGGCAGUGCCGUCUACUUGGGCCUCCGCUACUUCUGGCCCCAUAAAUGUCAACCUGAAAUUAUUUUGGAUCAUCCACCACCAUCGUUCUCUCACCAUCACCAUGACCACAUUCCAUAUUCCUCGGAUCAUUCGGAAAUCAUUAGCUCAUCAUGGGGACCCAGCAGUCCAGAUACUUCGUUUGAACCCUACUCUGCCUAUGCCGGAUCCUAUGCCAGUUCAGAUGUUGCCCCUCCUGAUGUUUCUUCACCCGAUAGCCACACUUAUCGCAUUAAACGUGAGAUAAAAAAUGAGAAACAGGAGGGUAAACAAAUGGGUCCAUCAAUCAGCGAGGAAAGAAUCGGCAACUUCAUGUUCAUGUUCCUCGGCUUGGAUUCGGCGGCCUGUCGUCGCCGUUUCGUCUGUGAAAUGGAAUUCCGUUCCAAAAACAAUCCCCUAACAGCCAUGGCUUUCCGGGUGAUUGGACGCAGUUUCUUUGCCAAAUACACCAACGAUCACAAUGAAAUGGGCAAGGCCAACUCCUUCGAGGAAUGUGCCGCGGUCAAUAGUGAAUGUGUUUUCAUUGAAAAUGAUGUGGGAGGAGGACAGGAAGCAGUCAAUGAGGUAUCAUCAAAUAACAACAAUGAAAGUGAACACAAUGAAGAAGAACAAGAGGAAGAACAAGAACAUCACGAAGAAUCAGAAAAUCAAGCGGAUAAUGAAACUCCAGCGGAGGAUGAGGAUUUAAAUGUCAAUUUGCCCACAGAAGAUCCUGCAAAUAAUUCACUAGAGAGUAAUAACAUCGAAGAGAGAGCUAACUAUCAGAAUUUAAUGGCCGAAAGAAGAAAUUCCUAUUGGAGACGUCGUUUGCGGGGAGAUCGCCAAUUUUAGAAUUUAGACUAGGAACGAAGAUGUGUCACGAAGAGUAUUCGCAUUGCUGUUAAAUGUGAACUGGUUUCACACAAACAACAACAAAAACAAAAUUAGUUUAAUUUUCUAUUUAUUAUUAUUUAUUUGUUAUUAGUACUAAGUUGUAAUAAAACU